GACACACCGAAUCAACAGACAAAAUUUUUGACAUUCUCCUAACUAAACAGAAAAAGUCUCAGUUUGUUCACCCCAAAAUCAAGAAAUCAAAGUCAUUCAGCUAACCAGACAGAGAGAUUGUUAGUUAGAGUUAGAGAGUUCAGAGAGAUGAAGAAGUAUGGUGAUGAAUAUGAAGUGAUAAGAGAAACAAUAGAGAAAAUGGAUAUAGUUGAUAACCAUGCUCAUAAUUUAGUAUCUAUAAAUUCAACUUUUCCUUUCAUCAAAUGUUUCUCUGAAGCUGAUGGUGAUGCUUUAUCUUUUGCUCCUCAUACUCUUUCUUUCAAGAGAAGUAUAAGAGAUAUUGCAGAAUUAUAUGGUUGUGAGAAAACUUUGAACGGUAUUGAAGAAUAUAGGAAAUCAGCUGGACUGGAAUCGAUUAGUUCAGAAUGCUUUAAAGCUGCAAAAGUUUCUGUCUUGUUAAUUGAUGAUGGACUUGAGUUUGAUAAAAUGCAUGAUCUCGAGUGGCAUAAGAGUGUUGCACCAGUUGUUGCUAGAAUCUUAAGGAUUGAAUACUUUGCUGAGAAGAUUCUUAAUGAUGAAAUACCAAAUGGUUCAAAAUGGACAUUGGAUUUGUUUACUUAUAUCUUCGCAACGAAUAUGAAAUCAGUUGCUAAUCAAGUCGUUGGUUUGAAGAGCAUAGCUGCAUAUCGAAGUGGUCUAGAGAUUAAUCCAAAUGUUAGUAAGAAGGAUGCUGAAGAAGGACUUUUUGAAGCUUUAAGUGCUGGAAAGCCUAUCCGCAUCCAGAAUAAGAGCUUUAUUGACUAUAUAUUUACAUGCAGUUUGGACAUUGCCCUGAGUUUUGACUUGCCGAUACAGAUACAUACAGGGUUCGGGGAUAAGGAUCUGGACUUAAGGCUGAGUAAUCCCCUUCAUCUACGGGCUAUUCUUGAUGAUAAGAGAUAUUCAAAAUGUAAUAUUGUGCUUCUACACGCAUCAUAUCCAUUUUCAAGAGAAGCAUCAUAUCUAGCAUCUGUCUAUCCUCAGGUGUACCUUGACUUCGGAUUGGCAGUGCCAAAGCUUAGCAUUCAUGGGAUGAUAUCAUCAGUAAAAGAAUUAUUAGAGUUAGCUCCAACAAAGAAGGUAGUUUUCAGCAGCGAUGGUUAUGCUUUUCCAGAAACCUUCUAUUUAGGUGCGAAGAGAGCACGAGAAGUUGUGGCAUCCGUUCUACGGGAUGCAUGUGAUGAUGGUGACCUUACAAUUUCUGAAGCUGUGGAAGCAGCCAAAGACAUUUUUAAGAACAAUGCUAUUCAACUUUACAAGCUCCAAAAGCUUAUCGAAUCUUCAUCUUCAAACGAUGAUACACCUCAUGACUCUAAAACACUAAAAGCUAAUGUACCGGAGCAGGGUAUUGUGUUUGUUCGGGUUAUCUUUGUUGAUGCCUCUGGACAGCACCGAUGUCGUGUAAUCCCUGCGAAGCGCUUCUAUGAUGUUGUCAGGCAUAAGGGCGUGGGUUUAACUUUUGCAAUUAUGGGGAUGACUUCAUUUACCGAUGGUCCAGCUGAUGGAACUAAUCUAACUGGCACUGGUGAAAUCAGACUAAUGCCUGAUUUGUCAACCAAGAGGACGCUCCCAUGGUCUCGGCAGGAGGAAAUGGUUUUGGCUGACAUGGAACUUAAACCUGGUGAAGCUUGGGAAUAUUGUCCAAGAGAGACUUUACGAAGGGCGUCAAAAGUCCUGAAAGAUGAAUUUAACUUGGAAAUGAAUGCUGGUUUUGAAAACGAGUUUUAUCUUUUUAAGGCUGUAUUAAGGGAUGGCAAAGAAGAAUGGAUACCGUUGGACCACACACCCUACAGUUCUACUCAAAGUUUUGAUGUUGCGUCCCCUUUUCUUCAGGAAGUAAAUGCAGCUCUCCAGUCUAUAAAUAUUACAGUGGAACAGAUGCAUGCUGAAUCUGGCAAAGGUCAAUUUGAGAUAGUUACAGGGCAUGCAGUAUGUACUUCUGCUGCGGAUAACUUAGUAUAUACUCGAGAGGUUAUAAGAGCUGUUGCAAGAAAAAAUGGUUUACUGGCAACUUUCCUGCCCAAGUAUGCUUUGAAUGACAUUGGAUCUGGAUGCCAUGUCCAUUUAAGUCUAUCACAGAAUGGGAAUAAUGUGUUUAUGGGAUCCAAUGAUGGAUCAUCACGGUAUGGAAUGUCCAAAAUUGCAGAGGAGUUCAUGGCUGGAGUUCUUGGUCAUCUUUCUUCUGUCUUGGCAUUUGUAUCUCCCCUUCCAAACAGCUAUGAUCGGAUUCAACCGAAUACAUGGAGUGGAGCAUACCAUUGCUGGGGAACUGAAAACAGGGAAGCUCCAUUGAGGACUGCAUGCCCACCAGGAGUUGCAGAUGGUUUUGUCAGCAACUUUGAGCUGAAAUCUUUCGAUGGCUGUGCCAAUCCACACCUAGGAUUGGGUUCACUAAUUGCUUCUGGAAUUGAUGGUUUGCGGAGACAUCUUAGCUUGCCAGAACCAGUUUUAACCAAUCCGGCUAAUGUCAAAGGACUUCAAAGACUGCCAAAUGAUCUAGGCGAAGCUGUAGAAGCUUUAGAGAAAGAUGCAUUUUUGAAGGAGUUUAUUGGUGAAAAACUUGUCACAGCUAUUAUUGGUGUUCGCAAGGCGGAGAUUGAUUAUUAUUCAAAGAACAAGGAUGCAUACAAGGAGCUUAUAUACAAGUACUAGUGAGCUGGAGCAAAAUUUAAAAUUCCACGAGACACAAGCGUAGUAACUAUAGCUUAUUUGCGACCGAGUAUCACUAUCAGUUAAAUUUGUUUACAAACAAGUUCGGAAUUUUCUUUAUGGAUUCUAAAUAAGUCGAUUUAAAAACAAAGGGAGUUUGCUUUGCAAGCAAGGAAGAUCUCCACUCUUUUCAAUAAGGGCAUGUUUAUGGUAAGACUGAUUGGUUUUAUGCCAUAUAACAGAA